CACUUGCGCUGCUGCAAACUCAUCCUCCUCGUAUUUCUAACACGCACAUACCCCUUUCGUUAUCCUCGAAAACACGCACCAAAAACCACAAUACUCUCACACAAACACACACCCAAAGUAUACAUACAGAUAUAUACAAAGACAUGAGACUGACCGGAGUUCUCCUGGUCACCGCACUGACGCUGCUGCUGGCCGUGAAUGGCUGCCCGCCGUCCGACAGGGCAGCGGUGCUGGCAUUCAAGGCCGCCUUGAACGAGCCAUACUUGGGCAUUUUCAACUCAUGGUCAGGCUCCGACUGCUGCACCAAUUGGUACGGCGUCAGCUGCGACCCGGAAACCAAACGGGUAGCCGACAUUGUCCUCCGGGGUGAGUCCGAGGACCCCAUCUUCGAAAAAGCCGGCCGGUCUGGUUACAUGACUGGCUCCAUCUCUCCCUCCCUCUGCCAACUCGACCGCCUCACCACCCUCGUCGUUGCCGACUGGAAAGACAUCUCCGGCGAUAUCCCGCCGUGCCUAGCUUCCCUCCCCCACCUAAGAAUCCUCGACCUCAUCGGGAACAAAUUAUCUGGCGAAAUUCCGGCGGAUAUCGGUAAACUGAGCCGACUCACUGUUUUGAACCUGGCCGACAACCAAAUCUCCGGUUCAAUCCCCGCCUCCAUUGUUAACCUUAAAAGCUUAAUGCACUUAGACCUCAGCAACAACAAACUCUGCGGAGAAAUCCCAUCAGACAUCGGGAAGUUAUCAAUGAUGAGCCGCGCCUUACUUAGCCGGAACCAACUCACCGGCCCAAUCCCAGGCUCUCUCGCCAACAUCUACAGACUGGCGGAUUUGGAUCUGUCAAUGAACCAAAUCACCGGGUCCAUCCCGGGUCAGCUCGGGUCAAUGCCGGUCCUCUCAACUCUAAAUUUGGACAGCAAUCGACUCUCCGGCGAGAUUCCGACAAGUCUACUCAGCAACUCGGGCAUAAACAUCCUGAAUCUGAGUCGAAAUUCCUUGGAAGGCAACGUGCCCGACGUCUUUGGCCCGAAAACUUACUUCACGUUGCUCGAUUUGUCGUACAACAACUUGAGGGGUCCGAUUCCGAAAUCGUUGUCCUGUGCUAAGUACAUCGGACACUUGGACUUGAGCAACAACCACCUGUGUGGGGCGAUCCCGGUUGGGUCGCCGUUCGAUCAUCUUGAGGCCUCGUCGUUUGCUAACAACGAUUGCUUAUGUGGGACGCCGUUGCGUACAUGCUGAUUGAUCUCUGUUGUUUUCUGCAAUGUUCAAGGGUUGGUGGUGGUGUAAUGAUGGUAAUUAUGGGCUGUGUUUUGUUUGAAUUUGUUGGUUUUAAUGUUGUACUCGAACAAAGUGAGAGAAUCAAGCGUGUCAUGAUGAGCAAAGAUUGUGUGCUCUAUUGUGUACCGUUGUAUCUAUGUGCUUUUUGAUCAACUAUGAUUAUUCCUUGAAACUUA